AUGCGAAGCCUUCCCAAGACCCAUCCGCUCCGACGCCUGCGGGCUGUAGUCUUUAGACGGUUCCCAUCACCCUUCCAGUUGAUGGCGGAGGCCUACCGCGACCAACCCCUCGACAAGCUGGAGACUAUCGAAGGGUAUUCGAUCACCCCAUGGGAAGCCCGUAUUGAUACAGUAGUCGACGACGACAUGGUCAAGGUCACAGAAGCAAUCCAGUCCGGGUGGGCAGUGAGGAUAGCGACAGGGAGCUCGGCAAGAAACGGGGUUGUGGGCUAUGGAAUCAGAGGGGGUGGCGGCGUGAUAACGGCCUCGCGCACAUUCGGCCAGAGAACGGAGCAGAACCCGUAUGUGGCAGAGCUAGCGGCACUGGCAGAAGCGGUCAAGUCUUUCCCGCAGAGGCUCGACUACCGGGCCAUCCACGUGUUCACCCGCAACAAAGCGGCUGUACUAGCCAUCCGUAACCCGCGGCAGCAGUCAGGCCAACGAGAGAUCCGUUAA